AUGGGGUUUCGCCAAGGUGGGUCAGAGGGCACCAUGGGGCGAUCGCGCAGCUACAGCACCCUUCCGGAAACCCUGGUUAAGCUGGAACCACCGCCCUUUAACCCAGCGCGCACCGCAAAACGCUCAAGCUGGGCUGCCGCGCCGCCAUGCAAGCAGAAAGUGGACGCUUUGCCAGUGACUCAGGGGGUGUACGAAAAAGGCCACGAUGGGGGUUUGGUUUUGGCUUCAAAGAAAGGGGGUUGGAUGAAGGAGGUGCGGCGGGCGGGCAACGCGCUAGUGGCGCUCGCGUUGACGGCGUUGUUUGUGACGGCAGUGCUGUCGUCAUCUUCUCGUGUGAACCAGGACUUCUCCCCAGAUCGGUCCCAAAGCACAGCGCUCAGCGAGCCACGUGUCAGAGCGCUACUAGGCGGCGCGAACUUGACUGCGAGGCCCGCUACCAUCGUCAAAGUCAGCAAGCACAAGUCAAAGUCAAAGUCGCACGCGCACAGUGGACACAGUGACGGGCACAGCGUUGGACAGCUGUCGGAGAGCCACGCACAGCUGUCACAGGGGCACGGGCAUUUGUCAGUAAGGAUUGAACACCUGUCAAAGGGGGACGGGGAUCUGUCAAACGGGCUCGGACAGCUGUCAGAAGCGCUCGGACAGCCGUCGGCACAGAAUGAACAGCUGUCAGACACAGGAUUAGGACAGUCGUCCCCAGGUUUAGCACAGCUGGCACGGGAGUCGAAUGAAAUGUUACAGGGGGAGAAGCGCGAGCUCCAUGCGGGAGCUGAGAAUACGGGAGAGGACACGGAAGUAAGGGAAAAGGAAAGCGGGGAGAUAGGUCUGGGGCGUAAUGAAGUAACGGAUGCUGGCGUUCCCAAGAACGAGGUUGGGGGGAGAGUGGCGGCGGCGGGGUGGUGGCGAGGGUUCAGCAGAUUGGACGACGUGCGUGCUGAACUAAGUGCGAGAAGCGUGAGCGAAGAGGAUGCGGAGAUGGGAGCGAGAACGACAGCGGAACGAGUCGUUGAGGAGCAGAGUUUUGACGUAGCGGAACCGGAACGUAAUCGUGUGGGGGUGGGGAAGGUCCAGGAAACAGAGGGGUUGCAAACGGUUGAUGAAGCAGGUCGAGAAGGAGGAGAGAGUAGGGUUGAGGCGGCGGGGGCGAGAGAGCGCAAGUCGCGUGGAUCUGAAGGGCUGGUCGUGACUGGAAUGACAGGUGCGCCAACGGAAACGGAUAUGGAAACGGCAACGGAAACGGAUUGGGAAGAGCGGCCGAGAGCGACGGCCCCCAAGAGGGCAAAUAAUAAUAGCGAAGAGGAAACGGAAGCGGAAACGGAAACUGAAAAGGGAGUGGUUUUGACGGAAGAGGGAAGGGGUCAGCAAAAGGGAGGCUCUCGCCAGCUGGACCUCUGGAAGGCUCCGGACCGGAAGGGGUUCCGGCCUUGCCUCGAGAAGAUGGCAACGGAAGAACCGCCGUACGUUCCGACGGGUUACCUCAUGGUUCAGUGUAACGGAGGUCUUAACCAGCAGCGAGCAGCGGUUUGCAACGCGGUGGCCUUGGCCCGGUACCUGAACCUGACCCUGCUGGUACCGUACCUCCAAGCCCACGCGGUUUGGAACGACCACACCAAGUUCCAAGACCUCUUCGACCUGGAACACUUCAUCCAGUCCCUGGAGGGCCACGUGCGCGUCGAGCGCGGCGCGCCGUCGACCGCGUUCGGCGGAAACCUCGAAACCCUGCGGAACAUCCCGCGCAACGCGCGCCUCGAUUGGUACGACGCCAACGUUCACCACGUGUUGCCCGCCAACGGUUCCGGCGUUCCGGCGAAGCCGACGGGUUCCGGCCUCGUUCCGCGCAACGCGAGCGCGCGCGUGGUGUGGAUGAAGCCGUUCGCCAAGCGGCUGGACAACAACCUGCCCCACUGGAUGCAGCAGUUGCGGUGCAAAGCGAACUAUGAGGCGCUGCGUUUCGCGCCCGAGAUCGAGCGCCUGGGCAGCCAGAUGAGCGCGCGCAUGCGCGCGGCGACGGGCGGCCGCCCCUGGAUCGCGGUUCACCUGCGGUUUGAGAUCGACAUGGUCGCGUACUCGAUGUGCAACUUCGGGGGCGGCAAGGAGGAGCAAAAAGUGCUGCACGCUUACCGGAUGACGCAUUGGGACGUCACCCUGCGACGGAGCCGCGAGAAGCGAUCCCCCGAGAGCCAGCGGCAGCGGGGGCAGUGCCCGUUAACACCGGAGGAGGCCGCGCUCUUCCUGCGGGCUCUGGGCUUCGAUGAGAAUACGCACAUCUACCUGGCGACGCACGACCAGCAGCUGUACGGAGGUCCGGAAAGUCUGGCCCCUUUUAAGGCGCUCUUCCCGCGGACGUCCGCAAAGGCGGAUCUUUUGGACGCUGCGGACCUGGCGGCGCUCCAGAAGAAGGCGUCCUCGCUGGCGGCGCUGGAUUACGUCAUGGGCCGCGCGGCUGACGUCUUCAUCCCGACGGCCACGGGGAACAUGCCCAACCUCAUCAUGGGGCAUCGAAUGUACGACGGCUUCAAGAAGACGAUCGAGCCGCACCACCGCAAGCUGGCGGCGCUGCUCGCGCAGCGGAACGCACUUCCGUGGGAAACGAUAGCGGAACAGAUCCGGACGGACCACGAGUUCCGGGACGGCGGCCCCUCGAAGCGUGCGAGGACGUCCAACUUUUACGGCAACCCGUCCGAAUGCUUCUGCCACGAAGCGUCCGGAUCUGACGUCAGCUUGGCGUCAGCACCUGACGUCAGCUUGGCGUCAGCACCUGACGUCAGCUCGGAGUAUGCGUCGGAGGUCGGGGUCAAUGGUGUCCUGAGUCAUGGAACCGGGCACGGCUUUGACAUGUGA